GUUUGAGGUCAGGCUCUGCAGAUCUGCAGUUCGAGGUCAGGCCGGACAAGCCAUUUGGCGAUUGUUCGUCACUCAGUCAGCGACUUUGCGAAAGAGGACAAGCUUGUUUGAAUGCGCCAAGCAGGUUCCGAAUAUCGAGGAGGCGCAGCAGCAUACCGUGCUUCUGGCGCCUUGAUCAGCCAAACAGCACGCAUCACUGGUUGAGCAUCAAAUGGAGAGGGUGUUGAUGCUGUGCCUCGGUGGCGGCUCCGCCGAAAGCCUCCUCUUGGCUGCAGCAGGAGGCCUGUCCCCCAGGCUGUACAGAGAGAGGGAGGUUGAAAUAUGCCCGAUGCCUCCCUUCCUCAAGCAACUCCUCCACGCUUAUCUUCUGGUUUGAGAAAAGCUGCAACCACUCAACGACCGGCCUCAACGACAGGCUCCCAAGAACAAAAUCCACGAGAUCCGAGCUUAUUGAUACACAUGCCCAAAAGCGUUUUCUCGAUUGCCAGCAGGUCGCAGACCUGGCAUGCUGGGAUGGACACGCAGAUGGCGUCGAGCGACGCCGCCGUUCCUAGCUCCGCGCUACCCCCUCCUCCCCAGGUGGUGGGUCCCGCCAAGUCGGUAUCGUUCGUGGACAACGACGACGGCCAGCUUGAGAAUGACGAUGACGAGCAUGUCGAGGCGGCUCCUGGCUUGAAUGACCCAAAGAUAUUCCGCGACGGCAGGGCGCCACGCCCGACAGAUGUCUUCAUCGCAGUCAUGGGAGUGACGGGCUGCGGCAAGAGCUCCUUCAUUUCCAUGUGCUGUGACAAGCCAGUACAGAUCGGGCACGAGCUAAAAUCAUGCACCGCGGUUGUCGAUGUGUACCCCUUUGAGCUAUCGCCAAACCAAACCGUUUACCUCAUCGACACGCCCGGGUUCGACGAUACAGCCAAGAGCGACACCGACGUUCUGCGCGAGAUCGCGUCGUGGCUGGCCGAGUCUUUUCGGUCAAAGAUCCUCCUGCAUGGCAUCAUCUAUCUCCAUCGCAUCAGCGACGUGCGUAUGCAGGGGUCCGCCAAGAAAAACCUCCUCAUGUUCAAGAAGCUCUGCGGCGACGACGCGCUCCGCAAGGUGAUUCUCGCCACUACCAUGUGGGAUAUCGUGCCACGCCCGGCGGCCGAGGCGCGGGAGAAGGAGCUCGUCGAAACGCCCGAGUUCUGGGGCUACAUGGUCUCGAAAGGAAGCAGGCUGUACCAGCACGACAACACAUUGGCCCGCGCCCGGGAAAUCGUGGAGUCGCUCAUCACCGGUGGCGACCUCACCAGGCCAACCAUUGUGCUAGACCUACAGGACCAGAUGGUGACGCAGGAGCGGCCGCUGCAGGAGACGGCGGCAGGCAUCGAGCUCGAGGCCGAGAUUGCGAGGGAGCGCAAGCGGUGGGAGAAGGAGCUCAGGGAGGCGAGGGAGAUGAUGAACGAGGCGAUCCGGCUGCGCGACAGCGAGUCCGCCAAGGCGCUUAGCGAGCUCAAGGCCGACUACACCAACAAGAUCGAGUGGAUGAAGUCGGAACACAAGAAGCUUAGGACCGACACGGAGAAGCUACACAAGGAACGGUUCCUCCGGGUCGUGAAUGUCAUUAGGGCGCAGGACAGGUCGCAGAGCACGGCCAGGCGGAGCGAAGGACACGAGGAGCACCAGGCGGCGUGGACGGGGCCGCCAUACUUUGCCUACAGCAUUGUCGGGAAGCGGUACUCCCUGUCUGGGUCAUGGUCGCAGUGGGGAAACUGCAUGACGGAAAGUUCAUACCAUAAAAUGAAGGUCAGACACGGAGGGCGCUGUGUGCUGACUUGGUGUGGUGUUGGCGGUGCUUGGGUCCAAAAGUACCAAGCUGCCGAGGGUAGCUGGAAGACAGGCUUCAACCAGAGCCUGGCAACAAACUAUCCCGAUCUGCGCGAGAAGCUCCGGCGGCCAGGCGGCGCGUGGGACGUGGAAUGGCCCGACUGGAUCUGCAUGGGGCCAAACCAGCGCUAUGUCCUGCAGUGGGACAUGAAGGUGGCUACGGGCUCCAGCGACGCGGCCGAGUGCGCCGUCCUCAGCCGCCACCGCAUGGACUGGAACCUCCCCGACGCGGCCGUGGAGGCGCUGCAGAAGACGCAGAAGGGCGGUCGGCUGCGCGCCGCGGCGUUGGGGGUCAAGGGUUCGUACAUCUUUGUUCCCGAGAACGGCCCAGCAGUGUGGGAUCUCAUGGGAAGGUACCCGGUGCUGAAGAAGCACAUUGAAAAGUACCCGACAGACAUUGAGGCCGUCGCCCUCAAUCCUCUGAACGACGACUUCAUCCUCCACCACCGGAAUGGCCUUUUGUUGACGGCACUGGAGAAAAGCUCCUUGACUGGCCCAGAACUCGAUGCUUGGUUCGUGAAAAACUCCACCGGUACCCUUUAGAGGGAACAUUCUUGUCUGUUUUGAUAUCCUCCUCCCAAACAUGAAUCUUUGGCCAACGUCCAAUGGGCACCGCUGCACAUCUCUUGCUGCUUGCUUUUCUCGUGUUCUUUGUCCUGCGUGCCUCCAAGUUAUUGUUCACGACCUCAAACAUUUCCUUCCGCAACGAUGGCAUUGUCUGUUUGCCUUUGUGGCCGUCCACAAAGAUAUCGAGGGCCGCGAUUUGUUAGACUACCUACGUAUAUAACGGUAUCCUCUGAAUAUCCCAUAUUCUGGUGUGAAGGUUCGCUGGCAAUCCUUACAGCUUCUACAUGUCGGCAGGGCUCGGAACUCGGCCAGAUCA